GGAUAUUUUUGCUUCAUUACGCUGUUUUCACCUCAUAGUCACCAGUCACUCCUCGUGGGACUGAAGUCAAGCGAUUGAUCACAAGUAGCCCUGCAUCAAGCUGAGAGGAGGGAUUACCUCUGACAUGACACUGCUCUGCCUUUCAGAAGCAUGUCGUGCUCCGUUGUGAAGUCCUUUCUGGUGAGCCUGUCUCGGAGGAAACCCCUGGAGCCUGAUGGGGAAGAGUCCACGUUUAAGCGAUGCCUGACAACUCUGGACCUGGUGGCCCUCGGCGUGGGCAGCACCCUGGGGGCCGGGGUCUACGUUCUGUCUGGAGAGGUGGCGAGAGACAGUUCAGGACCCAGCAUCAUCCUCUCAUUCUUCAUCGCCGCCGUGGCAUCCAUAUUCGCCGGGCUGUGCUAUGCAGAGUUCGGAGCCCGGGUUCCCAAAACAGGCUCAGCAUACCUUUACAGCUAUGUGACUGUUGGAGAGCUACUGGCUUUUAUCACUGGGUGGAAUCUGUUACUCUCCUAUGUCAUAGGGACAUCUAGUGUUGCACUGGCAUGGAGUGGGACCUUUGAUGACCUCAUAGGUGGACAUAUAUCAAGAUAUUUUGAAAAAAACGCAGCCAUGUCCGUCCCUGGCCUGGCACCUUACCCGGAUGUCUUUGCCACUGGUCUCGUCUUGCUGCUUUCAGGUUUGCUGGCAUUUGGAGUGAAAGAGUCGACAACAAUCAACAAGAUCUUCACAGCAAUCAACAUCCUGGUACUGCUGUUUGUGUCUAUCUCUGGAUUCAUCAUGGGUGACAUCGGCAAUUGGGAGAUCAGUGAAAGUGAAUUGCUCAACGCCACCGCAGAACUCCAAAACUUGACCUCUACUGGAAACGUGACAAGCGCGUAUGGAGUGGGUGGAUUUUUCCCCUAUGGCAUCAGCGGAACGAUAGUUGGAGCUGCAACGUGUUUCUACGCUUUUGUUGGAUUUGACUGCAUUGCUACAACGGGUGAGGAGGUGAAGAACCCACAGAGGUCCGUACCUGUGGGCAUUGUGGUCUCACUACUUAUCUGUUUCCUGGCCUACUUUGCUGUGUCUGCUGCUCUCACCCUGAUGAUGCCCUACUACUUGCUCAAUGAAAAAAGCCCCCUGCCGGUGGCCUUUGAAUACAUCGGCUGGGGUCCUGCCAAAUACGCAGUGGCUGUGGGAUCGCUGUGUGCCCUGUCCACCAGUCUGCUGGGUUCGAUGUUCCCCAUGCCCCGGGUGCUGUUCGCCAUGGCAAGAGACGGCCUGCUUUUCCAACCCCUGACCAAAGUCACCUCCAAGGGCAGUCCUGCUAUAGCUACCAUAUCGUCUGGGAUUGUGGCAGCCAUCAUGGCUCUGGUGUUUGACCUGGAAGCGUUGGUGGAAAUGAUGUCCAUCGGCACUCUGUUUGCUUACACACUCGUGGCUAUAUGCAUCUUAAUACUAAGGUACCAAGAGGGUCCGUCUGACGACACAAAGUUACAGAUCCUAGAAUCAAAGUCCAGGUUUGGCUUACUGAAACCUCCAUCAUCUCCCAAUUCAUCCACCUCCAGAACAGUCACAAUCUUGACUGUAGUCUCUGUUGCUUGUAUUGUCGGUCUGUGUGUAACCCUGAACCUGGCCAUGGAUGAUCUUGUCUCGAUGGAACCAUGGGCUAUAACGACUGUCUGCAUCCUCGGCUUCAUCGUGCUGCUCAACACUUUCCUCAUCUGGAGGCACCCACAAAAUACCACCAAGGCAUCUUUCAUGGUGCCCUUAGUCCCAUUUUUGCCUAUAUUAAGUACACUCAUCAACAUCUACCUGAUGGUCCAGUUAGGCCCAGACACAUGGUUACGAUACGCAGUCUGGAUGGCAAUCGGGUUAGUCAUCUAUUUCGCUUAUGGCAUGCGUUACAGUGUUCAGAGGAAGCGCGUCAUGUCUAACCAGAUGAAGACUGAAACUGUCAGCAGCAAAACAGACAUGGGCAUCAUAAAAGAAGAGAAAUUCUGAGCUUGGCUCGAGUGGAGAGCAAUCGAAUGAGAUGUUAUAGUCAGUAACUGCUAUAAGUGUGUAACUACUGUUGUACAUGCACCGGUGCUGAUCUGUUUCUGCAGUGUUCAAUACCUGACACGUGUGCAGUGUUGAAAUGUAGACAAAUGGACAGACGAGCCAUCACGUUAACUUUUAUUGGUGUUUGUUAUGUAUCUAAAUAUUGUCAUUGUCAACAGUGAAAUAAUGUCUUACAUAUUUUUGGAUCUAAGUGGUUUAACCCUUAAAAAGAAAAAGGGCUAAAACUGUUUUCUGUUGAUAAUUACCAUUUUAUUAAACUUUUCAUAUCCCAUGUAAAAUU